AUGCAGUGGUCACUGCUAUUGCGGGUUUUGCAGCGGGACAUCGCAAAGUAUACGCUCAUGAUUUAUGGGCCGCCUUCGGGCAGCAGGCUUGACCUUGACCCUGGCCUGAUGCACACGCACUUGCAGGCUCUCUCUGCCCGACACGAAGGCUUGCUCGCCUCCCUGCCCCAACUUGGCGACACUCAGGUCUCGUGGCUCCUGCUUCUGUACACGGCUGCCCCCCGCGCCCAGUUUGCUUUGCGCACGCUCGCCCCCUGCGACACGCGUGAGUUUGCGCUCGCGCACGAUGCCCGCGUGCUCUCUGCUCUGAGUGGGUUGUUGCUUGCUGACGGGUCGGCCCCUUUGCCACCUGCUGCUACUCGUGUUGCACAGCUUGCCCUUCGGGAUGGCGGCCUUGGCUUGCGCAGCGCUGCGCUGCAUGCACCUGCAGCGUUCUGGGCAUCCUGGGCGGACGCAGUCCCCGUCCUUCGCUCGCGGGCCGCGCCGCUUGCCGAGUCCUUGGUGCACGCUCUGGAUGCACGCGAUGCUGUUGAAUGGUCACCGGUGCAGAACCUCCUGCGGGCCUCCGAUGCCCUUGCUGAGGCUGGCUUCGCCGUCCCGCAGUGGGCUGCUCUGCCCCGCGCGGCCCCGCCCCUUGCUGCUGACGAUGCGGACCCCGAUGUCCCUCACCGAGGUUGGCAACGCCCAGCCUCGAGAGCCCUUGACGAUCGGGCCGCUGCGGAGCGUCGUGCCGUUGGCCCUGCCGAACUCGCGCUCCUUGUGCCGUUGACCACCGGAACCGACAAAGCUGCAUGGUUGGAAUUGACAGAUGAUUUCGUGUUCUUUGUGAGUGAGCACGCCUGUGAGGCCGACGCGGCGGCAGACGCCCUUAUACCGUUCACGGCUGGUCGGACUCGCCAGCCUGGCGAGCGUGUGGCGCGGCCGCCGCUCGAGCCCGCAAAUUUCCUCCGCACCCUGCUCCGGCUCCGCGUCCAGCGCGCCCCGCCACCUUUGCGCGCCUCAGCCGCCCAGGGCUGGGCGCGCCGCUGGUGGAGUGUGUUGUCGGUUGCCCUGCAGCGAGCAGUCGCCAGCUCCGCGCUUGGCGUCUGGACGAUGCCGCCGCUGCCUGGCGCGCCAGACACGCUCCCGUUGAGCGACGUGCUCGACCUGGCGAGUGCGAGCGCCGCCAGGGCCUUCGUUGCGCGGUCCGCGCUGCUCGCCAUUUCCGCAGCCCGGGCCUUCGCGGCCACCCUCCUCGCGCUGCCCGUCGCCUCCACCGACAACGACGACAGACCCCCUCCCCCUCACGUCAGCGAGGUCCUCGCAGAGGCCCGCUACUGUACUCCGAGGCCCGCCUCUCGCGAGCCGCCUGCCGGCUUGAACCGGCGACGCUGA